CUUCUUUCUUCUAGAAUCAAAAUUGUUUACAAUAUUUGAUUUCUUUGAAUAUGGUGUGAACUCAAAGAAAAUUUUAACUGAGAAAAAAAUGUGGAAAUUACUUGCUUUUCUUGUCUUCAGAGUCUUUCUUUUAUAGAUUUGGAAAAGGAGACUUGAAUGAUUGAAUCAGCAAGAAUCACUCCGCAAAUUCUAUAGUAACCCUUUUUACAAGUCAUUGACUUCCGUUUGUGUCCUUCGAGGUCCACUCCUUCCCUCCCCACAAGCGAAUAAAAAGCUGUAAUUCAGACUCAUUUUGCUCACAAAUCUUUCUUUCUUCGCCACUCUCACAAAUUUUCGUACAUACAUUCCAACAAAUUCCAAAACCUCUCAACAUAUUCCAUCCAGCUAACUGCACAAACUGAUCCUUUUGUCUCUGGUUUUCUCUUCAAAUGUGAAAGACUUUGCAUAUAUAGAAAAAUGAUGAAUUUAAAUUUGUUCUUCUCUCGACUUCUUCCUCAUUCUCUUUUCUUUGUAGCUUCCUUUGUAACUUUUGCCUUUGGAGCUGCUCGAUUGCCAAAUGAUGAAGUGCAAACUUUGAAAGACAUAGCAAAAACACUGGGGAAGACGGACUGGAAUUUCAGUGGAGACGCAGAUCCAUGCAGCCGCCAACUUCCAUGGACUGAUCUAAGCGCACGCAAGGGACGUGAGUACGCCAUCAGCUGUAAUUGCUCCUAUGAAAACUCCACUGUCUGCCAUAUUACCAGCAUAAUUCUAAAAGCCAAAGAUCUGCAAGGAACACUCCCACUAGAGCUGGUAAAUCUCACCUAUCUUCAAGAAAUCGACCUCACCCGCAACUACCUGAGCGGUACCAUCCCUCCAGAAUGGAGCUCUCUUCCACUUGUGAACAUAACCCUUUUUGGAAAUCGUUUGACGGGUUCUAUCCCCAAAGAGCUCGGAGACAUCACCACCCUGAAGAAUUUGGACAUCAGCUUCAAUAAUUUCUCUGGACGUCUCCCUCAGGAGCUUGGAUCUUGGGCCAACAUAGAAAGAAUGCUACUUUCCUCAAACAACUUUACUGGGGAGUUGCCAGAAACAUUUGCAAUGCUUACCAAAAUAAAGGACUUUCGGGUAAGUGACAGUCACUUUUCCGGGCAGAUACCUGAUUUUAUUGAGAAGUGGACAAGUCUUAAAAGACUAUUGAUUCAGGCUAGCGGUUUGACAGGGCCAAUUCCUUCUGGCAUUUCUCUUUUGACAAGCUUAAAUGACUUGAGAAUCACUGACUUGAGUGGACCUGAAUCACCCAUUCCUUUGCUCGAUAAGAUGAGAAACAUGAAGACACUGAUGUUGAGGAGUUGCAACCUUGUUGGACGGCUACCUCCAUAUCUUGGGCAAAUGGCUAAAUUGAAAACUUUAGACCUCAGCUUUAACAAGCUGACCGGAGAAAUUCCAAGCAGCUUUGCUAGUCUAGCAAAAGUGGAUUAUAUAUUCUUAACUGGAAACUUGCUGACUGGACCCAUACCUACCUGGCCGAAAGACGUCGUUGAUCUUUCAUAUAACAACCUCACCAUAGGGGAUGGAGGUUGUCUACCACCAGGCGGCAUGAAUUUGUUUGCAAGCUCGUCAAAGGACAAUAGUUCGAGAAUUGUUUCAUGUUUCAGAACUGCACAAUGUCCACCAUAUUUGUACUACUCUCUCCGUAUAAAUUGUGGUGGGACAGAAUUUACUGUCCCUGGAGAGACAAAUACAUCAUAUGAUCGUGACACAAGUAAUUCAGCUGGACCUUCAUCAUUUUACCAGAGCACAACAAAUUGGGCAUUAAGCAACACUGGUUACUUCACCGAUGACGACCAAACUACGGACACCCUUAUAGUGAAUAAUAAAACUAGACUCUAUAUGGCCAAUCCUCAACUGUACAUGAACGCACGCCUUUCUCCCAUCUCUCUAACUUAUUUUGGGUUUUGUCUGGGAAAUGGAAACUACACUGUAAACCUCCAUUUUGCAGAGAUAAUGUUUAGAAAUGGCAGAACACAUAAAAGCUUGGGAAGGCGCAUAUUCGACAUUUACAUUCAGGGAAAACUAGUGAAGAAGGACUUCAAUAUCAUGGAUGAAGCUGAUGUGUUUGGUGAUGUAGUCAUAAAGAACUUUACUGCUCCUGUAACUAAUAAUACAUUGGAGAUUCGUUUAUAUUGGGCUGGGAAAGGGACGACAGGCGUCCCUGUUAGAGGAAUCUAUGGUCCACUUAUUUCAGCUAUUUCAGUAGACCCAAACUUUGAUCCCCCGCCAAAACCUGUAAGUGACACAUCAACUGGUAGAAGUGGAAGUGGCGUGCCUGUAGGUGGAAGUGGCAUGCAUGUAGGUGCCGUGGUUGGAAUUGUGGUUGGAGGAGUCUUCAUUAUACUACUGAUAUUUGGUAUUCUUUGGAAGAGAGGCCUCCUAGGGCAACAAAAGACAUUGGAGGAUGAUUUGAAGGGCGUGGACCUGCAAACUGGUAAAUUUACCUUCAAGCAACUCAAAGAUGCCACAAGUAACUUUAACAAAGCCAAUAAGAUUGGUGAAGGUGGUUUUGGUUCUGUUUAUAAGGGUGUUCUAGCAGAUGGCACCGCAAUAGUUGUUAAGCAGCUUUCUUCCAAAUCAAAGCAAGGGAAUCGUGAAUUUGUUAAUGAGAUUGGCAUGAUUUCUGCUCUGCAACACCCUCAUCUUGUCAAGCUCCAUGGAUGUUGUAUUGAAGGAAAUCAAUUAUUGCUUGUCUAUGAGUAUCUGGAAAAUAAUAGCGUCGCUCAUGCUUUCUUCAGGGCAGAAGAAAGUCAUUUGAAGUUGGAUUGGCCAACAAGGCACAAGAUUUGUAUUGGUACAGCAAGAGGUUUGGCUUAUCUUCAUGAGGAAUCAAGAUUGAAGGUCGUUCAUAGAGACAUCAAGGCUACUAAUGUUCUGCUUGAUAAAAAUCUUAACCCGAAAAUAUCUGACUUUGGAUUGGCCAAGCUUGAUGAAGAGGAUAAUACUCAUAUUAGCACCCGUAUUGCUGGAACUUAUGGAUACAUGGCGCCCGAAUAUGCAAUGCGGGGUUAUCUGACUGAUAAAGCAGAUGUCUAUAGUUUUGGUAUUCUCGUUUUGGAAAUUGUUAGCGGGAGAAACAACACAACUUACUGGAAAAAGGAAGAAAGCUUUUAUCUUCUUGAUUGGGCACGACUUCUAAAAAAGCAUGGGAAUUUGAUGGACCUCGUUGAUCCAAGGUUGGAAUUAGACUUUAACAAAGAGGAGAUGACUGUUGCAAUCAAUGUGGCUCUCCUUUGUUGCAAUGUUACUUCGACAGCUAGGCCUACCAUGUCUUCGGUUGUGAGCAUGCUCGAAGGAAGGGCUGUUGUUCAAGAGUUGGUCUCGGAUCCAAAAGCCGAGAGUAUUGAGAUCGAUGCAAUGAGGAAACAUUUUCAAUCUAGUUUUGGAAGGGGCACGAGCGAGAAAUGGAUAGAAACGAGGUCAAUUGAAAGGUCAUGGACUGCUUCGUCUGCGUCUGCUCACGAUCUGUAUCCCAUCAAUCCUGAUUCAGAUUAAUGGGAGAACAGAAGCGAGAGAACUUGAGCUGCACAGUUAUCAGUUUGACACAACCUUAGCACGCUCAAACAUAUCAGCUAAUAAAUAAUUUGCAAUUCCUCUAUAAGUAUUUUCUUUUUUCUGUUUGAUAAUAUGGUAGAAAGCAGAACUGAAGAAGUUUCUACAGCAUGGUAAUUAUAAAUUGUGAAAUCAGCUCUUUUCAGUAUUUUGUAGUAUGAUAAUAUGAUUUUCUUUUCGAAUAAUAAAUUUAUACUUCAAUA